GUGGCACCACAUUCUCCAGCGGCAAGGCAAGUACAAGCGGCGGAACCGUGCGUCAUCCACACCCUCGGCAGGCCGUUGUGCGAGCCGAUCUACCCGAUGGACGAUCUGGCGGCGCUGGCGCGCGGCGAGGGGUGGACGGAGGAGCGGCACGCGACGUUCCUCGACCGCCUGGAGCUCUCCUUCGUCCAGCAGGUGCUCGGCGGCACCGACGUGCGCCAGGCGUCCCGUAGGCUCGGUGUCCGGCCGGCGCCGCGGGAAGAAGGCUGGCGCGGCCAGGUCCUGUCCCCGCUCCCGCUCGACCGACCACUACCCGACAGCGCCGUGGAGUCCAACCGGUCGGGCCUGGCCGCAGCUCGGCGACGCGAGGCAAACGACGCGCGCCGCCAGCCCGUGGACCCAGCUGCAGGUUGGUGAAGGUGAAGCCUGUCGCACGCGCUUGCCUUUGGUAUUGCAAGGUGGAAAUGUACGCGUCCAGUCACUUGUUUCCGUGCAUAAGUAGCGUUGGACGGCAGAUGUUUCAAGUGGCAAAAUUCCAAAAAAAAAAAUUCUGAACAGUUGAUUGCAAGCCCUGAGCUGUUUAUAUCUUCUGAAACAGGAAGCGUUUCCGUCUCGCGCCAAUGUUGUUCUUGUAAUAAUCAGUAUGACGCUGACUGUCUAGCAGCUUGACUUGUUAGCUCUUUGCUACGAUUUCACUGUAGGGUCUUGCCUAAAUAAUUCAAAGAUCCAUGGAUUUAUAAAAUGUGGACGCCUCCUUUAUUUUAGAUCAAUUUAAAAUUUUGAAUCCAGCUACUGACAUCUUUCCUGUUUGCUUGGUUUGUAGUUUUUUUGUGACAAACUCCUGAACAAACUAGCAGGUCAGAUUCAGGAUGAACUCAAACAUAGUUCCUAUCUAUGAACAUAAGGUCCAUUCUUUUCUUGUUCUUGUUUGCCGACGUGGAGUUUGUUGGUGGCAUUGUUUUCUUGUUUCUUUUCUUUUUCAUGUAAAUAGUCUCUUGGGACUAUUUGUUCACAUUUUCUUCUGUAUGUCAACAGAAAGAGGUACUCCCAGUGCCAGUACGUUAAAAAAAAUUCUUCUUGUAUGGGGGGAUGUUUUGUAUGCAUUUGUUAAUCUCUGACUCCAUGUC